GAAUGGCGGCGGUGGGGGUUGCAUGGGGAAUAACUAAAGGGGGGCGACGUGCAUGGCAGGAAUUGGGUGCAGGCCAAGAUGGCUUGCAGUGUAAGAAUCGAAGGGAGCAAGAAGACAUUCGGAGAGCAUUGCUGAAAUUUUAUGCAGGUGUCACCACUUGGUUCCAUUUUUGCAAUCCUUCGUAAAUAAAACGGGAACCAGGCCCACCAUUUAACAUGCCGUUGAAAAUUACAAAGGGAGAAAAGAAAUAACUUAUUCAAGGUUUAAAACGUGAUUGUGUCUUGCUACUCUAAGAUGAGCCGGUUCUUGAAUGUACUUCGUAGUUGGCUAGUUAUGGUGUCCAUAAUUGCUAUGGGGAACACAGUGCAAAGCUUCAGAGACCACAGCUUUCUUUCUGAGAAACUGUAUACAGGCAAGCCAGGCCUUGUAAAUGGUCUCCAAGCUCGAACCUUUGGCAUUUGGACCUUGUUGUCUUCUGUUAUCCGCUGCUACUGUGCCAUUGAUAUCCGCAACAAGACCCUCUAUAACAUCACACUUUUGACCUUCUUCAUUGCCCUGGGCCACUUCCUCUCUGAGGUGUUUAUUUAUGGCACAGCAGCUGCAACGAUUGGUGUCCUGGCACCCUUAAUGGUGGCAAGUUUCUCCAUCCUGGGGAUGCUGAUUGGGCUACAGUACCUGGAGGUAGAAACCACAUCACAUAACAAGAAGCGGAAUUGACAUUACAACACCUGUCUUCCAAUCUACCCUCCAGUCAUCUUCCAGUGUCUACCAUAUUAUCUUCCUGAUCUUUUUUUUCGAGCGUGUACCAGACAGGGUAGUCAGAACAUUCUUAGAUUUCCCUAUUGGUUAUUUUAGUUCCCAUUUGAUUUUGAUAAUGAACAGAUAAUGGCAGAAAAAUAGUUUUAGAGCAGUUCCUCCAAACUGGGUAUAGGGAGCAGUAUCUUAAAGCAUCAUAAGAUGUAGUAGAAAAGCCAAGUGAAGUUGUGCCAGGGGAAGGUUAUAAAAUCCCUGUCUUGACAGUCUGAUGGCAAAUGAUAGAAAAAUUUGUCCAAAAUUUGCUGAAAGUGGGGGCAUGUAUUGUCUCCAUGGCACUCAGCAUAGUUGUCCAUAAAUAUGGCUUGCCAUAAAUGAAAGGGAACUGUGAAAACUUGUGAGGAAGAAAUAACUCAUGUCUGAGCUAAAUCCAAAGUACCUUAUAAAUUCUUCUUUUUGAAGAUUAAAGACUAAAGAGCAAAGCUUGGUCCUCUUUUGCCUUUAAGAGGCUACUUGUUUAGGUAACUGCUUUCUUCUAUCUUCCAGGAACCCGUUUCCUUUUCUCUGAAAAUGGUACAAUUCAUUUAACUGCUGUUCUUUUCUGAAGUAUAUAUGGGAACUGGAAUAGUCUAGCCAAGGCAAGUGCAUAACAAGCCAAAUAUUCCUGCCUGAGCAGGGGAUUGAAGUAAAAGACCUCCAAGGUCCCUUCCAGCUCUGUUAUUCUGUUAUUUAUUUCAAAAUAAAGCUGACAAACUUUGUAAAAAAAGGGGCUGCCAAGGCCAUAGAACAAAUUAGUAACUUUCUGCUUCUGUAAAAAGAGGCAAAAACUGUGACUUUUUCAAUGUAAUGACUGCUGCUAUUGUGGUUAUACAAAGUAUCUGCUUCUAUCCUUCCAAAAUGGAAUGGACAGUAGUAAUGAAAUGGAUUCUCCUUCUGUUCCUAUAUCUUCCCACAUAGUCCCCAAAUUUUAUUGUUAUCUGUUUUUAUUCUAAUUUCUAAAUUGAUGGUUUUAAUUGUUUUUAUAUAUUAUUGAUUAUGAAUAUGUAUGCCACCCAGAGUAAUUGUGUGAGAUGGAUAGCUAUACAAAGAAAUAGAUAGAUAGACAGACAGACAGAUGAUAGAUAUAGAAAUAUGCUUUGGACAUCAGAGUAUCUGGAAAAGAUUUUGGAAAUGCACAAAGAACUUGGAAGGGAUUAAUGGAAUCUUGCACUGCAUGGUCAAAAAUAUCAUCUCAGAUGACUGUUGCCCACAAUUAGAAUCUAUCUACCUCUCUUUACCAGAGUGUCAUAUGCUAACACUGUCAAUUGUGCAUAAUUUGGCUGUUAGACUGUCAUCUGAAAUGGCUAAAUAGUCAUUGAAGCCAAUUAUAACAGCUGUCAGUUUGCUAGCAAGACCAGUCAAAGUUUCAAAUAGCUAAAGGAGUGGUUUCUCCUAUGUUUAUCUAUUUGUGCAUUAUCUUCAGAUGAGACCUUUCUCUUUCAAACCUAAAAAGAUACAUCGUACAUUCACAACAGAGAGGGCCUUUUCUGAGAUGGCAUCUUUUCUGCAGUGCACUGUGAAUGUACAGUUGACAUUAACAUGAUAUUCUUAACAUGUUUUAUUUCUCCAGCCACCUUAACUUGAAAUCAUUUUUUGUAACUGGUUAAAUGUGCCUCUCAAUCAUAUUAAUGUGUGUUGCUUUAAUAUUGUAUUGCAUAUGCGUUCUAUGCUGACUUUUGUGCAAAGUGCUUUAUACCAGUGGCCCCCAACCUUUUCGGCACCAGGGACCAGUUCUGUGCAGAGAGGUUUUUCCAUGGACCGGAAGGGGCGUGGUUUCGCAUGCUGCCUGCAUCCCACGGAUAGGGCUUCAUUUGUUUGCACAGACUGGUUUCUGGCAUGCUGCAGGCCAGUGCCGGUCCACAGACUGGGGGCUGGGGACCCCUGCUUUAUAAAUUUUAAAAUAAAUUUAACUCCCUUAUAAAUUAUUUUGGGCUGGGAUGCUCAAAGGCAAGUGUGUCAACCUCAGCCAUGUCAAAAGUUUUGAAGAUGAUCACAGAAGCAGCUUAACCCUAACCUAGUAACCAAAUAGUUGGCACUACAACAUCCAUCAGCCCCAGUUAAUAUGGGCAAGAUAGUGGAUUGGAGGGACAUUAGCUGAAACUCUGAACAUUCCAGGAAGCUAUCUGAACUUUUCAUUGGCUAAGUAGAUCUUCCUACAUUCUAAAUUUCUUAGUAGUAACCAAGUCCUGUGAGGAACCAUUAAAGGAAAUCAGUAUACUUAGUCUGCAGAAAAAACUGAAGGGAGAAAAUGUUGUAUAGAGGAGGGAGUGGACUUGUCCCAGAGGGCAGAACCAGAGCCAACGGGUUGAAGGUACAGGAAAGUAAAUUCAGAUUAGGUAUUGGGCAGGAAGUUCCUAUAUACUCUAUAAUAAGUUGCCUCAUGAAAUGGAAUGUUCACUGGAGGUCUGAUGUAGAUAAUCUUGAUUUUUCAAUAUCUCCCAAUUCUAUGAAACUCUUGUCAGCUUCCUCAGAGGAUUGUUUAUUUUCAUUUUGUUGUUUAACAGAGCUUUGUAACUUAAAUUAUACUCACAGGAUAGAUAAGGAAAAGGAAUGAAAACACGUUGACUUUUUAAUGCAUGCUGAUAGGUGAAAUAAGGACUUUAUGGUACCUAGUAUUUAUUCCAGAUGAAUUACCUUACGGAACAUGUUAAACCUCAUGCCUCCCACCGACCCGUAUGCUCACACAGAGAGGGACUUCUCAGGGUGCCGUCCGCCAAGCAAUGUUGGCUGGCGGCCCCCAGGGGAAGAUCCUUCUCUGUGGGGGCUCCUACCCUCUGGAACAAGCUUCCCCCGGGCUUACGCCAAAUAUCUGACCUUCGGACCUUCCGCCGCAAAUUGAAAACACAUUUAUUUAUUCGUGCGGGGCUGGCUUAAAUUUUAUUGGUUUUAAAUUUUUUAAAUUUUUAUUAUUAAUUUUUAAUGGGUUUUAGUUUUUUAUGUUCCAAAGUUUUAGGCCAAUUAUGUAAUAAGUUUUUUAAUUCGUAUUUUAAAUUGUAUAUUACAUUGUUUGUUUUACUUUGGCUGUACACUGCCCUGAGUCCUUCGGGAGAAGGGCGGUAUAAAAAUUGAAUAAAUAAUAAUAAUAAAAAAAAUAAUAAUAAACAAAUGAAAUUAACAUAUGGAAAAAUGUAAAUUAAUUCUUAAACUAUUCAACCUACAAUGUACUAGCCUUGGUUCAUACAGCAUAGUAGACUAAAAAGUAUUUGGCUGAUUUAUGGUUCAGAAUGUUGUGCUAACUUAGCCGAGGUGAUUAGUACUUGAAAAAACUGACAACGUAUGAAUUAUUUUAAAUUGUUUUAUUUUUUAAAUAAUUAUUUUCCUCAGAGUUUUUGUGGCUUCACAGCUCUGUAAACUCAAGUCAAAAAUAAACUAAUACAUCAAUUA